UUAUCGACGCUAUCUCAAUCUAAAAUACAUGCUGAACAGUUUACACUUUUGUUACUACUAUCUAUAUUGUGAAGUUUAUACAGAAUGGACUAACGUGUAUAAUCCAUUAAUAUUCUGACCUAAUAUGCAACAUACUUUAAAAACAAUCUGCGAAUAUCAAAUUGGAUAUUUAUAAGAACUACUUAAGUCUGACAUGGACUUUUUUUAAUUGCUGUACUUCAUUCUGAAAGAAAGGGGAGGAAAUUAUAAACUUCCUUAAUAGAACGUGAAUUGAAUAAAAAGAUAAGAUUCUAACUCAAACUGUUAAAUAAUUGAGUGGAUUAUAGGUUUAAUCUUGCUUGAAUUCUCUGUGUUUGAAAUAUGGAAGAAACUAAAGGAGAUAAAGAAAAACCUUUGACGUUCGCUGACCUCGGAAUAGAGACGGUAAAGAACACUGAGGAGACAUGUUUUGGAAAGGUUCGAAGCCCUGCAAGUUUAACAAAGAUAGAAAAGGCGUUCUUGAUUCUAUGUAGCCUAUCCUUAGUAGCGGUGAUAAUCAUAACUAUCAUAAAGAUGGCUGAUAUUCCAAAAGACGAUGCCGACUUUACAUUUGCUCUCCUGUUGUUAAUAAAUUCAUGUAUAACUCUGUACUAUCUGUUCAGUGGCGUUUUCUUCGAACGACCAUACGAACUGAUUAUCCUUGUUAUCAGCACGUUUAUAGUCUGGAUAUACCUCGUUCUAAACUACUCCAUCAGCGUCAAGAAUGACCUGAAACUGGGUCGACUGAUCACUGCAUCCGUUCUCGGUCCUGUGGUCCUUGUUCUUGGUGUGAUAUUGGUGAAGAACUACCGGGACUCCAAGGGCCUGAUCUUCAGGACAGUUGGUGCCAACGAGGAGGACCAGAACAUGUGCAACACUCUGUACAUCUUCCUGGGUUUCUUAAAGGCUGAUCUGCAGCUCUCGAUCUCACUUGCUGUCCUGGUGCUGAAUACAGGAAGGUUGUUGAAUGAAGAAGACAAGAUACUGCUUCCUGUGACUACUUUGAUCGGCAUUGUCACGGCCGUAUGUGGUUACUUGUGUGUCCGGUUUGAGAACAAGAAAAUUGCAGUCGUCUACCUGGCCAUGUGGUGUUUAAUACCAGCAUACACAAUUUAUUUGAUUUACCAUGCUGCCAAAGAUUUAAGCGACACAUCGGAUGACACACAGAUGGAGAUUGGUCUGUACGCUGUUCUGUUUGUGACUGCUGCAGCCUCAUUGGUGGUGAAGGCUUUGUCCAUUAUGUUCGGGGUCAGAGUUUACCGCAACUUCGGGAAAGGGUUGAAAGAAAAAGUGUACAAAACAGAAGAUUUGACGUUGACAAUAUCUACAUAAAAGAAGAGGGAGCAGCGAAUGCUAGUUCGAAAUGACACUAAUGUACUGUAGAGCUUACUAUUAAACACACAAACAAUGUCAUUAUAACAAGCUAACAUUCGUUUCACUUGAGACGGACUGACUGACUCGAAUCUGUGUUCUUAAUUUCCUGUGGUUAAAAACUCCAUGCUAUAUGAUUGGUUUGUUUGUUGCUUCCAAGUCGUAAUUAUAUAAACGUGUUUGAACAGUAUUAUAGUAUGUACGAUCUUAUAUGUAUAUUAAUGUACAGCAACAGUGUUUUAGAGUAAGAAACUGGUAGAUAUACAGCGUAAGGAAAAAUAGAACUUGAAAGAAAUGCACUCAAAACACUAUAGAAUCAGAAUACCAUUUUAUGUUAUGCUGUAAGUUUAAUGACGAACUUAGAAAUAAAUAUUGUAUCAGAUCACCCCCGCCGACACUGGCAAAAUUUAAGUACCUUAUGUGGAGUAAAAAUAAGAAAACUGAACAACAUUGCGAUAUUUGUGGUCCAUGCUAUGAAACUUAGAGAAUAUCAAUUAAAAACUUUAGCUGCUUCGUAGAAAUACUCACCUGUACAGACAGUAUAUUUAGUUUAAAUAGUUUUAUAUACUGUGUUUUGAAUAAUAUUUUAUAAACAGUACAUAUGGACUUAUUUACUAAGCAUAUAAACAUAAAUACUGUACGCAUGUAAAUGUCACAAUUUACAAUACCAUUAUCAUAAUUCUGUAUUAUAUACAUUUUACAUAUUUAAAUAUAUGUACAUAUGAUUUGUGUCUUUGCAAUAAAAUGAUUGUUUUGUAAAUGGCGAAAGUCAAAUCAAAUCCAUUUCCAGUAAACUAUGAACC